AUAUAAAUUACAGUGAGUGUUCCUAAGUUUUUGUGAACUCAGUAUGUUGUUUUCAGUGUACGGCACGCUGUUUUGAAGACAGUGGUGAGCUUAGCAGUUUUGUGUUGUGGCAUGUGAGAGUUUUGUGGAAUUUGAUGAAGUGGGGCCCUUCAUCUUGUGGCAGCAUUCUCCAACUAGCAAUUUGCACUCAUCUUUCUCUGAUCAUCCUUUCUGGAAAUGUAUGGCUUCCCACUCUCUGCUGCAACACUCUAAACCAUCACUAUAUAUAUACACAGAAACUGAAGUCCCCCUCACUCCAAAAUCUUCACUUGAAGAUCUUCUUGUAUUUACUUGGCAUCAGAUAUCAGAGUUAUGGGAAUUCGUCUGCCAAUAUUUAUGGCUCUUCAUGCGAACAAGAUAUUCAAGUGGCAGCAGCAUCUGCAUAACAGAAACCAUUCCAACGUUCCAAAGGGUCACGUUGCAGUGUAUGUGGGAGAGGCUCAAAAGAAGAGGUUCGUGGUUCCAAUAUCUUACUUGAACCAUCCUUCGUUUCUUGAUUUGCUGAACCGAGCGCAGGAAGAGUUUGGCUACAAUCAUCCAAUGGGAGGUCUCACCAUCCCUUGCAAAGAAGAGGCUUUCAUCUCUCUCACCUCUCAAUUACGUUCCUGAAACAUAUUUCCCUGCUUUUCACUGCUUUUCAUAUACUAACUUCACUCCUUUCACAAAUACGUCGUAAGAUGUAUAUCAUUGUAUAUACAGUUUGAUUAUAUAUAUAUGUAUUGACUGUUUCUCAGAAUCAACCAAAUUCAUUUUCUGUCAUUUA